AUGAACCAAUUAUUUUGGAUUUUAUUUGUAUUGAUUUCUAUUUUAUCAAUUGGCGAAUCUGCUAAAGAAGAUACUGUAGCUUGCGGUGAAUUACGUGAAGAAUAUAUGAAAGUAUGUAGUUCUGGGAACUCGAGGAAAUCAGCAAAAGAUAUUGAUUUUUGUGCAGCUUUUGAUAAUAUUUGUCUACAAGUACCUGAUAAUGAACCGGAUAAACAGUAAGCUUCUAUUCUCUUUCUUGUUCCAUUUACAAAAUAUUAUUUUCAAGAGCUGUUCCAAUUCCAAUUCCAAGUGAUAUUCCAUCAAAUUCAACAGAAAACAGGCCAUCAAAAAAGAAGAAUUUUACGCGAUUCUGCAAAGAAUUCAAAAAUCGUUAUUUAUAUGUUUGUCCAGAUCCAUUUAGAUUUGGCCAAAAAGCAAUUGUUUUUUGCCCAGUUUAUUCGGAAAAAUGUCAAGUUCCAUUGCCGGAUAAACCAGUUGUGCCACAAAGAAAAAGUUCGAGAAGAAAUGGAAUGAAUCAAGUUACUCAAUUAUGUCGAAGUUAUAGGUAAAGAUUUUUGAAUAAGUCAAACCCGAUAUAACCGAUAUUGUUUCCAAAAAUGUUCAGAUUCCUAAACCCAGAAUACCACAUUUUUUCCAAACAUUCAGAAUUUCUCUAAAAAUUAGACCUUGCCCAAUUUCUUUUUGGUGGUCCAAUUCCUAUUCAAAACGUGGCCCCCUUGGUCCGAAACAUUCAAAAUUUGCUCUCCUCAAUUCAUGCGAUUUUUUUCCAGAAAUUUUGCCGAGAAUUACUGUAGUAAUCCAUUUUUAACAUCACAAUCACAAUAUCGUGCAGCUUGUGAUAAAUAUUGGAGACAUUGUGGAAGAUUUCACCGAAUGGGAUAG